GGGAGGGGGUAGAAAAUGAAGGAGAAUAGUUGCGUCCCUUGCGCUCUUCUUUGCUUUCGUGAGGAAUGUUUGACGAAUGGAUGCUGCGAAGAUGCGAACAUAAAGAUAUCAACAAACCGACAAUAAAUUACUGUUAUAGUGUCACAGUUCUGUUCUUCGGUUUUGCAGGUGUUUUGCACCUUGCAAUUUAAAAGGCAGCCAAACAUGGUAGACCCAAAGGCAGCAAAAUUCAUCAACUCUUUGGUUAAGUCAUUACAAAUGCUCUGCCAUGGUUGCAUGGAUUUCAACCAUAAUAUUGAAAUCAUUGGGCAUAUCAACCUAAGGAUUGAUAACAGCCAAAAGUUUGACUAUAUUGUGAAUGAGCAAGUUCAAAACAGGGGGACGAUUCAACAUACUUUCAGAGCAACAGUUACCACUCUUUGCCACCACCAAAAUCAAGCAGAGAGAAGGAGAAGCACCAAGCAUCAAGUAGAAGUGAUGAUGGUUCAUCCAUUGCUGAAUCUGCAACUAAUCACCACAGACUGGACAGUGCUGCUGUAGUAGGGUCCCGAGUACAAAUAGACCUCUCUGGUCCAAUUUCAGUAUCUCACGAAGUUGAAUCUUCGCCAGAACAUAGAUUCAGUAUAUCUUCUAAUGCAUCCAAUGGUGGUCGUCGCCCCUCACACAGCAGGGACUUCUCAGUGGACAGUGAGCAGAACAGACUUCAUGACCCCAUGAUUUCUUUUGAAGACCAUGCACACAAUCAUUCCUGUUCGUCUGGUGCUGCAGUGAGAGACAAAGAGGGUUCUGAGCGUCCAGCUAGCAACUCGAGUAGUAGCGAGAGAACAGAUAUCAGCAGUGUAUUUCUUGGGAAAGAUAUCGAGAAAAGGCAACAGGACUGUGAAGGUGUUGUAGGGCAGGAUGGGUCAAUCAUUGUGAAGGCAGAACCUGAUGAUGCAGCAGUUGAGGCUGCAAUGGAAGAGGAAGCAGAGCAACAGGAGCAUGAACUACUGGGAAUUCCAUCAGUUUCAAGUGUACUUCCCAUGGCACAUCAGUCUGCUUUGGUAGCAAAUGCAACUCAUCCUAGUCAUGCAAUGUUUGCUGCAGCCACACUUGGUCAUCAUGGCAUGUUUGACUCCAAUCUUGGUGCACAGGAUGUGGCUGAAUCGCAUCAUGGUCAGAGGGAAUCUUCCUACCAUCCAUUGAGAGGUGUAGGUGAGCAUGAAGGUCAGAAUGCUGAAUCUGGUCAAGAUCUGUCCAAGCAGGGUUCACAAAAUAAGAAUGGUGUGGCCAUGAGUCUAGUCACCAGAAGUAGACCCUCGCCUGAGCCAAACUAUCCACAGGGACCCACACAGCUGCCACAGACAGCAGGGUCCAUAAAUCCCGGGCAGAACCGCUGUGACCACUGCGGUAAACUUUUUCGAACAGCUGAAUUAUUACGAAUGCACAUAGCCUUGAUCCAUAGCCAUAGAGGCUAUUUGUCUCUCAACUCUUUACGACAUGGCCAGCAGUUGAGCUCCUUUCUUCCAUCCCCUUCCAUGUCUCCAUCUGGUCACCCUCAGCAUAGAGUGUCUCAGUCACCUGGGAGACAUAGCAACUCCAGCUCUAGCUGUCAGGUCAAAUCCCAGUCGCCAAUUUCGGUUCUACCACAAACCCAGCCUCUUGCUUUAACUCAACAGCAGCCCACAGCUUCCAACAGUUCCAGUGUCCCUAUUUCAAUGUCUUUUACAAAUGCAUCUACAGCUAAUGAUCAGCCAGCAGCUGCUGCAGCAGCGGCAGCAGCGGCUGCAGCUGCGUUAGCCCAAACCUACAGUGUGGAGAAAUCGGAAGUUGGUUCUUACAUGGGGUCAAAAGGGUCUCCUCUGCAGUACCAGUGCCACUUGUGUCGAAUGUCAUUCAUCAACUGGGCUGUGCUGGCGCAGCAUCAGGUGUCAUGUCCACGCAGGGGGCCGCAUAAAUGUGGUCAAUGUGGUAAAGCCUUUCGCAGUAAGACAUCAUUGACUGAUCACAUCAACACCAUCCACCGCCACAUUUUGUUUGUGUGCAAAGGUUGCAGAGAGACAUUUAAAUGGCGCACUCACAUCUACCAGCACAAACGCAAAUGCCCUGCACUCCAGAAUUCUAACUUUGAGUCAGGCAGCUUUAUAGAAGAACGACAAGGUCCUUUGCCAGGAACAAUGGGACCUGGUAUAUCAGCAGCACCAUAUGCAGAAACUGAGGAUAUGGAGCAUUCAUCUACAGAUAUUCAUGGACCUGAAGAUGACCAAGGAACUUAGAGGUUUUGAAAACAAGUGAAACAAGAAAACAUUAAGAAAUUGAAGAUCAAUUUUUUUUUUUAACAGUCCACAAGAAACAAAUGGCAGUGUCUGGAGGAAGAAGUUUUUUUUAAAAAAUAUGUGAUUUAAAAUGCUUAACAUUUCAACAAAAAAAAACCCAUCCAAAACUAUUUGCAAAAUCAAUCUGUAAUUGAAGACAAUUUUUAGGUCGAUUCUCUCAGCAUGAAAACCACUUCGGACCAUCUUGAUUUUAGGGCAGCAUUGGACCAUUUGGGCCAUAACCAUUACAAAGUAUCCAGGAUUACCAGGCAACAGGUUUUUUUCCCCCUUCUUUUUCUACAGUGGUACUUUGUGGAUACUUGUUGCAGCAGACUGAAACUCAAAGCAGCAAACUCUAAUUUCCAGUGAAAGAAAUGGAUCAUAUCAAUGGUCUCUUUCCUAUUGUUGACAUUUUGUUUACAUAUAUGGAAGUAUGGUCAUCCUUUCAGUUUCAUAUUUUUUUAAAAAUAUAAGAUCUGAGUAUGCAGUAAGAACAAAUGCCUGUUGAAAAUUUGCAGCUUAUUUGAAAAAAAAAAACAAACCAAAAAUUAUAUAUGGUUUUUAUCAAUGUUAUUUUCCAAUUUUUAAAAUAAUGCUUUUGACAAAGCAGAAAAGUUAGCCUAGAUUGGCAUGUCAAGUUUUGUAUCAAAAGGAUGUGUCAAGACAAGUGGGUGCUACCUUCUGUUUAAGUCCUGUCAUGUUUUGUUACAGCUGUGUCAUUACAACCCCAGUGUGUAGAAAAAUCAGUCAUAAAUUGGUGGUGUUAAGAUGAGUUUGUUUUUUUAAAUCUCACUUUUUGGAAAAGAGAAACUCCUUAAAAGCAAAAGCAAUUUUUAUAUCAUUCUCUUUCUUGUUAAAAUCGUGCUAAUUUUAGUAUGCCUACAUUUUUAUCAUCAUGCUUACAUUUCUUGUUGAUACAGUGCAAAUUAUGGCUUUGUACAUGAUUUUUAUAAUUGGAUCUAAGCAAGAUUUAUGUUUCUGUAUUUACAUUUGUCUUAAAAAGAUGCAGUGUGUUUUGAACACAAGAACCACAAGUGAACCAUCCCAUUCUUCGAAAAUGGAUUUUUUUGCAAGCUUACAUAUCCGGUGAAGAGAAAUUAUUGUCUCAUCGUGAGGUUGUUCACGUAUUGUGCAUCAGUAUAAAGUCUGUAAGACUUGGCAGCAUCAAAGCCAGACACCAUCUAUACUUUGUCCAAUGACCCAGUGAAAUAUCACUUUAUUUAUUCCCAUUUUCAGACAAGUAUGUUACAUUUUUGUGUAAAUAUUUAAUAUGACCCUGCCAUUUAAAAAUGCUUCGUAACAAAAAAAAAAUAUUUCUAAUGCCUUUUGGCUAGAAGGUAAUUUUUCUUUCAUAAAGUGGUGCAAAUUUUACUUUCCUUGAAAGAUAAAAUGUGUGCUUCCCCCAAAAGAGCAUGUAGUGAAACAUUGUCUUUGAUAACUCAGAUAAAUUCUGUAUGUGUGCUUCCCCCAGAAGAGUUUUGGUGCACUUUCUUAAUACUAGCUAUAAGAUGUCAAGAUUUUGUUUAAUCUUGCAGACUCUUGUACAAAGUUGGUUUUUUUUUUUUUUUAAUGGGCAUGCUCCUGCUAGCAUUCUUAUUAAUAUUCUUAUUAAUAUAAAUGUGGUUUAAACUUUUUUCCCCAAAAAAAUCCCUUGUCUCUUCUACUCCUGUGAUCUUGAUGUCUUUACCAUACCUGCCUAAUAAAACAUGUUUUAAAAAAUUCUCCCAAUAAACUUAGAUGCUUUUGGUUACGGUUUGGAAUGUUGUUUACACUGAGCUUCAAUGACUUAAAAUGUGACAUUUUCAUAUUGCUGACUUUUAUGCUGCACACUGCUUUGACACAUUUUUGCACUUGUUGUCUGCAUGUAAUAAAUGACAUGUCAAUUUACUGUUCAUUUUUUGAACUAAUGUGCCAUGAUGCUUAAAACAGUCUUGAGGGUUUUCUUUUGUUGUUGAUAGAAAGGAUAGGGUGGAAAGGGGAGAUAUAAACUGCUGAUUAAAAAUGUUUCCUUUUACAGUUUUAUUUGUUAAAAUCAUGGUGUAUGAGCAUUGCACUUUGUAAUUUUUUUUUUUUUUAUUGGUCUGUGAGGUGAUUUUUAAAAAAAUUAUAUUUGUUAAAUAUGCAUACAAAAUAUACAGGGUUCUGACAACACCAGUGGCUGGUUUCUGAAGUUUGAAUGUUUUAACUUCAUUCAUACAUUUACUUAAAUGAGAGAAGUGUUUUUUUUAAACCAUGCACAAAUGUUUUACAGUUGGUUUUGAUUUUGUUUAGGAGAGUGGGGGGUUGAAACAGUUGACUGAACAUCCCUUCUAAGAAGACUGUUCUUAUAAGCUUUAGGUUUUGUGGGUUAUUUUUUUGUCUACUAAACAGUGUUUCAGUUGGUGAUUAAACUUUAACACUGCAGCUGUUUUCCUGCAUCUGCUGUGUACAACAUGUACAGACAAUUAAUUCCCCCUACCCAUUAUAUUGCACCUGUUUUGUGUGCACUUGGUGAAGUGUACAGUAAAGUCUUAAAGACUGAGUUUUCAUAUACCGGUACAGUAAUUAAGCUUUAAUAAAUCUUGUCAAUUUUGCCAAUCAUAUAUAAUAUAGUGUACACUGUGAAUUGAUCUUUGUUAUAUGUUGUGCUUGUUGGUGGUGAAAAUACCAAUGAAUCUGCUGACUCCAAGAGAUCUGCCAAGCCAUAAAAAAUGAGAAAUUUUUUCUGCACAAACUUUUUUUUUAAAUAAAUGAAAGCCAGUACAGACUUAUUUUCGUGAUGGUGCUUUUAAAAUUUCUGUAAUUCGUAUUUUAAGGUUUGGUCAAGGACAAAUUAUUAUGCACUUAUAACAAUAUUAGCUGUAUGGAGUAGACUUACGUAAUCCAUUUCAAAUUGAAGAUGUAAAUGUGUAUAUAAAACUGUGUUGUGUUUCUGUUAUGUGGCUACGAGCCAUUUUUAAAGGUGUUCUCUAAAUACAAAAGCAUAAAAAAAACUUGUGAAUUUAUUUCACGGAUCAUUGGUUAGAGUCUAUGGUGAUGUUCAACUAUGUGUGGUAUUAGCAUAGUAGUGUGGUUACAGAUGGAAAUUGAUACUUCAGAUGUUUAUGGCUAUAAAGUGUGUAUUAAAUGUUAGUUACUUAUUAAAUACUAUAUGGGCAUCUUUACUUUAAAACUUCUUUAAACUGAAUUUUACCUUUGACAUGGCUGACGAGCUGCUGAGCAGAUUAUAUUUGUGGCUGGUCCUGGCUUGGAAAAAUAACUUUUUAUACAGCCACCACUUUUUAAAGGACUGACAUGUUUUGAAUACUGUAUGUUUUUCCUCAUUCUGUCGUGACGUUAUGUUACAAAUUCAGUAAACUGUCAGUUUUCAGUGAAAAAAUUCCUGCCCAUAGCACUGAGAUGUAUAUAACCAAAAGUCUUAUUUCUAAUUCGUUUUAAGACAUCACAGGUCUUCCAUCAACAGAUUUCUUCUAAAAGAUAAAGUUUGCAAGUAACUGAUGUAGGAUGUUUAUUUUUUGACUGACUUAUGCAAACAGAGGAAAUGCAAUAGUCCUUCCCAGAUACGUUAUUCUGUCACAAAACUUUUUUGUUGGCAUUUACACAGACAUUACCCUUUUCCAAUAGAUUUUUUUUUCCUUAUUCUUUUAAAAAAAAAGUCCUUCAUGUAAAGAUCAGAUUUUAUUUUCUUUGAAUGUCAGUCACUAAAAAAUGUAGGGUAUGGUGGAGAAAUUUAAUAGACAAAUGUACAGCAAUCUUGAAUCUGUUAGUUCAUUAAUUGUAGUUGUUGAGAAAAUUUCGUCAGUUAAUAAGAGACGUACGAUAGCAGUUAUCACUGUGUAUAUUUGCUCAAACAGACCACAAAAUAAAAAUUUCUUUUUGGACUUCUCACUGUACUUGUGUAAGAUAAAAAUAGAACUGAGAUAAAUGGAGAACUUUUUGAAUUGUACAUACUCUGUAGCUUUCACUGGAUUGUAGAUCUGAAUAAGUUUUAUCCAGUGCUAGGAAUGUUGACCAGAUUUAGUUGAAGCAGAGGAAGUUGGAACAAAAUUAUGGUCGGAUUGAUUUCCCCUGUGUUACCUUCUGGGAAAGUGAGACAGAAUUUUCAAAGGUUGUAGUAAGAGAAAUCAAUUCAAAUAUGAGUUGUGCUGAAAUAAUAGAUACCAAUGUUUUGAACUCAUGUCUGAGCAAAAUUUUGAGCUGCAAAACAUCGUUUACUUACAAGUCUAAAGCACUUGUCUGAAACAGUUUAAGGAGGCUGCUGUGUUGUGCUGUUGAGUGAUGUCACUGAACUGUCAUGAGAUGAGUGGGAGCAGACUAUUGUACUCCUGAGUGGGGGUUGGGGGUUGUCUGAAUGCUGGCACCAUAGAUGUAGAGAUGGUGCAAUAAUGAAAAGAGCACAACGUUGUAAAAUAGAGCUAAUUAGAGUAGACUGACAUAAUAAAAGAUAAUGUUACCAACAGUAACCUGAAGUGUCAGAAUAGCUGCAAUGAAUGGCGAUCAUUGAGGAAGAAACUGUGGGACCAGUGAUCUCUGUGUUAAAAAUAGAGGAAUGCUUGAAGAAACUUCUUUCAGCAUGACUUGUGUUUAGAUGAAUUGUACUGGCAGUUAAAUUUGUGCAGACCAUCAAACAAAUAAAGCCAUUGCUCUGCACACAUCCUACUGUUUCAAAGGUUGGAUGCAGCCUUACAUUCUUCAUAAACUUUGCCUUUUUGCAGAGAGCAAACUAAAAAUGUGAGUUAUGCUGGCCAGCUAGCAAAUCUGCAAAUCAGCAUAGCAACAUCACUUAGUACAUUCUUGAAAAAUGGGAUCUGCCCUAAAACUGCUGUUAUUGCUCUAGUACAGUGGUUCUUAACUGGGGUUCGAUUGAACCCUAGGGGUUCGGUGAGUCGGUCUCAGGGGUUCGGCGGAGCCUCCAUCACGGAAGUCAAGACACACCCGCAAUUCGUGAUGACACUAAAGAAGGGUUCGGUGAAUGUGCAUAUGAAACUUGUGGGUUCGGUACCUCAAAAAAGGUUAAGAACCACUGCUCUAGUAUAUUUGACACUUUUCUUGUUCAAGAGGUCUGCCUACAUCAGAAUUAGUUACUGUUUUCUUUCAUGAAAUUGUAAACAGUCAUGGCAGCCCUCAUGUGUCAUCCAGAAUCUAUGUUCAUGAUGUGAUUGUAAGUGAACGAUUGUUUUGCAACCCAAAUUGUUGCUUAGGCAUGAUUCAAAACAACAGUAUGUAUCAUUUAAACCUAAAAAAAAAAAAAUUUCAAAUGAAUUUUUAUUCUGAAACUUAGUAAAAAUUAACUAUUCUUACCUCGAGGAAAUAGUUUUCUUUGUUCUUUUAGAAAAUUUACACAUUCCAUCUUGAUAUGCAUAUAACAAAAUAUUCUAGUUAAAUCUUGGGUAAACUUGAAAUCAUCCUAAAGUGAAUGAAUAUUUUCCAGAAUAAGAUAAAGCAUAAAUCAGUAGUAGUAGUAAAUAGUAAUUCUGAUUACUUUUCUGCACCAAACCCUCAGAAAAGAUGUAGAUUAUUUCCAUAAUGGACUUCUUGCUUCACCACAAAUUACAUUUGCAUAAGACCAGAUAUCUUCUUGUUAUUGUCAGUGAAUGAAAGUAAUUUGGUGAAAAGAUUCAGCUUUUAAACGCAGCACUCUCUUGUAGUAUUAAGGGUUGGAUAAAAGAAAAAUAAAAACAUUUGACAGAUAUGUCCAUUUGUGCAUUGGCAGUUGCUGGAAACAUCAGUGACAGUUAUUUUCAAUCGUGUCAAACAUGAAGAGUCAGAAAAUCACAUGGCUCAGAAACCUGCCAUAAAAGUAUUUGUGGCAUUAGCUAGAUAUAAACUUAAGUCAUCGUAUGCGUAUGGUGUGUGGGUGCAUGUGUGAGUGAGAGAGAAGAAAAAGAAAUAUUUUUGUUUUUGUCAUUAUGACUAACAAAAAUAGUUUCAUUGUUGGUGACAAAAGGCCAGAAAUAAGAUUAUAUAGGACUAGCUCAAUCGAUGGGAAAAAACCUUCAAAAAAGGUCUUAUAGCUAUAGUCAAAACUAAGCAUGAGGUUAAUGGUGAUAGCAAAUCAUUGUUGUUUUAGGUUGAGAGAUUUAAGCAUCUUCAUUUUUGUUAUGUAUUUUCUUAAAAAUGAGGUCUCUGAUAACAUAUUUUUGAGGCAUGUUUAUCGGUAUGACACAAAAACUGCCACCACAGAAUAGAGAAAAAUCUGGUAAAUCUAUACUUCAAUUUUUAAUCUUUUCUUACAUUGUCUGUUUGGGUACUAAACACUUUUAUUGUAAUUCUUUUUAUGUGAACUGAAAGGCUUUGCUAUUUUAACAUAAAAAUGUUGUGGCAGCACCAUUGAAAUUUAUAGUAAUGUGAUGUGAUUCAGUACAUUGCUAAAUGUGCAUGUGCUUUAGUCUUUUGCCAGAGAAAGAAUCUAACUUACAGAUGGUGCAUUUGAAUAAAAGUACUCAGCUUUUAAUGCAGCAGAAAGGUGGAUUUUAGGUAUGCUUUGUGUCUCAUACAAAGAAUUUUCUUGCUGCAACUAUUCCCAUUUUCUUGGCAAGUGUCUCGCAUUCCUGUCUCUCUCUUCCCAAGGUAUGAUGUUGCAUGCAUUUAUCAUUUUAUGACAUGGUUCUCCUCAUUGCUCUGACCUUUUUUUAGAGUGGUAAAUAAUAGUUUGCAGUCCAUUUACCAAAAGUCAUUCAGGUAAAUAAGAACAAACACAGUAAUGUUUUCAUAUUUGAAACUGAGUAUUAUAAGGAACAAUUUAUUCUAUAUGAAAUUCACUUUCUUUCUGACAGUAGUUUGAACAAAAAAGAACACUGCUUUGAAAAUUGUCAAAAGUAGCUGCCUCACAAAGUGCCCUGCUGAAAGCACAAUUGUGACAAACAAUGAACAUCAAAGUUUUGCUUCUAUGUUAAUGGCAUUGUGAUUUUAAUAUAAGUUGCUUGCUGGUUGUUAGUGCAUAUCAAGCAGGAAAGAUUAGAAGCAGAAAGGCUAUUUUUACUUUUGAUAAAUGUGAGAAAACCAAAAUCAUUUUCAAUGACACGAGUAAAAUGACACGAAGGGAACAUUUCAAAAAAUGCAGGCAGUGGUUGUAUCCUUUUUUGAGGGGUGAUAUAUUGCGUUGUAUAUAAUAUAAAUUUAUGGGCUAUCAGGCAAUUUAAAAUGUGGUGAAGAAGAUAUUAACAACUAUCAGUGUAUUGCCGUUGGUUUCCAUGGAAUCAAAGCAGUUCAUGUAGAAAGUUAAAUCCACAGUGCAGGAUUUUUUUAUGGAGAAUAUUACCAGCAGCUGCUCUGUGUUCUCUUAUCAGGUAUUGGAGGGUUGGGGUGGGAAUGAAGGGAAGAAUAAUUAAAUUUUUUAUGCUGGAAGCAGGGGUACCUGUUGUACUUCAUAAGUAUGGUAGAAGUAAAUAUAAUCCGUGACAACAUUUAUAUCUGUAGAUAUCAUCUGUAAAUAUAGUUACUCUUGCAUAUAAUAGAAGCAAUUCAGCUCAUGAAAAUUUUUGACACAUUGUGUCUUGUUAAAUUGAAAUAAAUUCACUACCUUUAGAGUUCAAAGGACUGCAAUCUUUUGAUAUGUCAGAAAUUGCUAAGAGAGUUUAAACAUUUAAACUCUUAAGACACCUAAUUAGAAUUUAGAGCAAGUGAAAAUAAUAACAUCACUUAGAGAAGCAGGUGUUCUUUGCAACAUAAAGGUGGAAGUCCCAUAGGUGAGUGGAAUUAGAAGCAAUGAACUGUGAGUGGUACACCAUGCGUAUAUAUGGCUUGUGGAAAGCAGAGCCCAAUAAAAUCAGGUUAAAUAAAUUUGCUGCUGGGUGGGCAGUUGGAGUUUUUCUAGUUGAAGGCCUGGAGCAGCCUUGAGACAUCCACUUUCUGUUCUAAAGUAAAGAAUGCUAACCACAGAAGUUCAAUAACCUCAUGAUCAUAUUAAACAGACUUGUAAACAAAUGUAUAAAAGAAGUGAUUGAAUUGUUAAAGUUGAUGAAAAAGUAGUAAUAACAAGCAGGUGAAACUCGCUAAGUGUCCUGUGCAUGACAUUCUAACAGCUUAUUCAACAGUUAUGCUAGUGCUGGUGUGGUCAGGUCUGUGUUGAAAUUUAGUCUCAGGUGCUCAUUAUUUUUGUUGACUUCCCAUGUUAUCUUCAAAGGUGAUGCUGUAGAAUUCAAAAAUGUGCUUUGAACUGAGUCCUGUGUAGUUGCGGAAAUGUAAUUUCAUUUCCUCAAGGCUGUGUCCAAUGCUUUAAACAUAGAGUAGAAAGAGUGCUGCUGUACUUUUUCCUUUAAAAAAGAGAAGAAAGGAAUUGGUUUUUUUUCUUCUUUGAGAAUCUGUUAAAAGAUUCCAUUUGCUGUUGUGGGGGAUGUUCAGUUUUGUGAUGUGAAACAGUAAUCUUGCAGUAGUUAUUUUGACCAAAUAAUGACGUGAUUGUCAGAAGCCAAUGUGACCACUGCUUGAUGUUCACUUAAUCUUUUGCAAACAGUUUGUUUCUUACACAUUUGACCAUUUAUUGUAUGCUGUACACUUGCACAACAAGAUGCAAAAUAAUGUGGUCAGCCAUCUUUAUUGCAUCAUACUUUUACAUCCCUUUUUUUUACUUCAUUUUGUAGAAAUGCUUUCAUUAUGUUCAAAAUAAAAUCUUAGAGCAGAAAUAUAUUCUUGUGUUCUGUCUUGUUUUUCAGUUAUUGCUGGACUUUUGAUAGUUUCAGUGAUUUCAUAGCAGCGAUUAGCACUGGUUACAUGUCUGUGAAUGACUCAGAUAUUUUAUGAAUAGUGAGAAAGGCAUUUGCAUAGACAUAUCAAAGUUUUUUUAUUGUUUGCCCUUGUAAUUGCUCUGGAUUUUUAAAAGAUUUUGUAAUUAUAAUAAUAGGAAAAGAACAUGAUUUUACUGCAUUUGCAGGCAAAAUGUGAAUUGUUUUGCUAAACUUUUUUUUUUUCAUCAAAUAUAUUGGCAGUACCAUCUACACCUCUCCAAAUAUCUGAUAAAAUUGUUUGAGCAUGCUAUUCCUAAAUGAAAAAAUACUACCGAGUUAAAAAUGCUUCACUGAGGCAGCAUGUUAACUAUUUUAAGUACUGGUAAAGUAGCAAGACCAGCUUUUAUUCUGAUAAGAACUAUUGAAUGUAAAUUUUUAAUGUCAAGCUGUCAGGGCUACCCCACACACUUUUUCACAAAUAGAAAAUUGAUGUUAAGUACUUUUUUUGAAAACUGUUGUGUUAAAUGUCAUGAAUUUUAUUGUUGCUGCCAAGCAGUAUCAAAGAGCACUAAGCAUCCACACCUUAAGCCACACUUUGCUGUGAAAAGAUUUUGUGGGAUUUUCCACCA